CCUGCUGCUGCUGCUGCUGGUGGUUGUUUUGUGGAGCUGCUGUGUGGCGGAGGGCCGCUGCUUUACACGUGCUGUUACUGCGGGUUUACUGCGGGUUUAGCGGUUCUGCUGCCGGUUCUGAGAGUCGGUACCGGUUCUGUAGAGCCGUUAUACGGUUCUAGAUGUCGGUACCGGUUCUGUAGAGCUGUUAGAAGGUGAAUUAUCGGGUUCUAAUGGAUCUGUGAGGCGCAGAGAGCGGAGCAGCGUUCACUAACAGAUCCUUCACAACUCCAGCUCUGAUUAUUAUUACAGACGAUUUGCUGAAGAUACAGAGCUGAGUAUGAGAUCCCAAGACUGAUCAGAUGACCUGAGCUUGGCUGCAGUCCAAACCCCUCCCUAACCCUUUAACCCUCCCCCCUUUACCCCUGUUCCCUUCACUCAGACUCCUCCCCCUGCUCCUCUAAGCUCCUCCCUCUGCCGGUGCUGGUCGUGGUAGCUCCGGGCGGCGGGGUGGUUGUUCAGGUAUGCUGGCGUGCCUGCUGCGCAGGAGCAUGUCUCAGAGGCUGAGUGUGUUGCUGCUGCUGUUCGGUCUGGCCUGGUGUCUCCUGCUGCUCCACUACACCGUCUCCCAGCCACGCCGCCAGAGCAGCGCCGAGCUCCGGCAGCAGAUCCUGGAGCUCAGCCGCCGCUACGUCAAAGCCCUCAGCGAGGAGAACAACGACCCCUCCAGGUCCCAGGGGCCCUCCAUGGCCGGAUAUGCUGAUCUGAAGAGGACGAUCGCGGUGCUGCUGGAUGAUAUCCUGAACCGCUUGGUGAAGCUGGAGGGUCGGGUGGACGCUGCGGUGAACGCUUCUGCUCACAACAGCUCCCACACUGCAGGGGGCGCCGUCCUCGCCGCCGCCGCCAUCAUGCAUCGACCCACCAAACAGGACAAACCCGGCAGCCACUCGGACCCUCACGGCCCCCGGCCGCAGUCCGCGCCACGCCCAGGAAGCUGAGUCAGUGUUGGGGCGUGGACACACUCGUGCAGAACCCAGAACUCACUACAACACAAUCAUUGAGACUGAAGCGUAGAUAUAAAUAUAAAUAUAUAAUAUGUGUAUAAAUAUAUUUUACCUUUUUUAGGUCA